CUGCUGUGGUCACGUGAGGCGGUCACACACACACACACACACACCUCCUUACUUGAUUGCAUUGCAGACCUGGUCAUGACGCACUGAAAUUUAGUAUAGGAAGAUGGCUCCCUUUCCGGACGAGGUGGAUGUUUUUACUGGCCCACACUGGCGAAUGAAGCAGCUCGUGGGUUUGUACUGCGAAAAGCUGUCAAAAACCAACUUCUCCAACAACAAUGACUUCCGUUCAUUUCUUCAGUCCCUGUGUGCCACCUUUAAGGAGUUCAAAAUGCAUGAACAAAUUGAGAAUGAGUACAUUAUUGGCCUGUUGCAGCAGCGCUGCUGCACCGCCUACAAUGUACACUCUGACAACAAACUCUCAGAUAUGUUGUCCCUCUUUGAAAAAGGGCUGCACAGUGUGAAGAGUGAAUAUGAGCAGCUUAACUAUGCCCAGCAGCUGAAGGAGAGACUAGAGGCUUUCACGCAGGACUUUCUGCCCCACAUGAAGGAAGAAGAGGAGGUGUUUCAACCUAUGCUUAUGGAGUACUUCACCUAUGAGGAGCUCAAGGACAUCAAGAAACAGGUGAUAGCACAGCACUGCAGCCAGCAGCACCUGGACAGUGCCGCUGAGGUGCUGAAGGGCUUCGGUUUGUGGACCCAGGCUGAGGAGCUGCAGAAGGCUUUUAAAUAUGCAGAUCACGAGAAGGCAGAUUAUGAACUGGAAAAGAAAAGGCAUUGUUCAACCCACAUCUCCCAGCUCCCGACAGAAAUUAUGUUGCGGCUGUUCCAUUAUUUGAACCCUGAAGAUCUGUGUCGCUGCAGUCAAGUGUGCAGCUCUUGGUCAGAGCUGGUUAAGUCCGGCUCUCUGUGGAGGCACCUCUACCCUGUGCGCUGGGCCAGAGGGGAUUAUUAUCGAGGCCCCCCAGGAGACCUAGACCAGGAGCCGGAUGAGGAGUGGGUGAAGAGUCGGCAGAAUGAGGGUCGGGCCUAUCAGGAAUGGGACGAGGAUGCUGAUGUUGAUGAGUCUGAUGUGUUGAACCAUACAGAGGGCUUCCUAGCAAUCAGCACUGCUCAGAGAGAGAAGAGGCUUCUGAAUGGGAUUAUCCAGACCCUUCUGCCUGCUGUGGGUCCGUCUGUCAAGUCACUUGUUCUGGCAUACAGUUCUACAGUGUCUAGUAAAAUGGUGCGCCAGAUCCUAAGUCUCUGUCCCAAUAUUACCCACCUGGACCUGACCCAGACUGCUGUUACAGAUUCUGCAUUUGACAGCUGGUCAUCUCUAGGAGCUUGUCACUCUCUGGAGCACCUGGAUUUGUCAGGCUGUGAGAAGAUCACUGAUCUCACUCUGAGGAAAUUAACUUUCGGGCUGGGUGAUCUCGCGUACUCAACAUGCUUUGACAAAUGCUCAGACCGACGAGCCAAGCUUCUUAAAAGUUCCUCAAUACCCAUCACACUCAUGGAUGAGAGGAACCUACACGCCAUUCGGCGGAAGCGGCAGGCCAUCGUUUAUAAACAGGGGACAGGCCGUUGGGGUGCUGCCUGCACACCUACACAAGUGUGGGUCCUGGAACCCUUAGACCUUGCUGAUAUUGAAGAUGCUGCAGAGUGGAGCCGUCGUGCAGGGAUGGCUCUUUCUAAUGCAGAAAGCAUUGUAGAGACACAGUUUUUGGGCGGAAUGUGCUGUUGCAUGCAGAGCAGGAGGCGUGGACCCAGGACUGGCUCAGAUACCUCCUAUUUGCAUCAGCAAUAUGCCAUGUCUGGGGAAAUAUUCUGUGGUCACUCCGCAUGCUGUGCUAGUGACAUGGCCCUCAGGACUUUCACUGGGCCCCCGCGCAAAUCAGGCACCACCAGGAACAGCGCUGCAGACAUUCGGACUAAAUGCUCCUUAUCUGGGAGCCUGCAGUGUUUGGGGCCUGAAAACAGAACUGACCAGUCAGAGGCGAGGCGCUCACUGAGAUUUCUCAGUCUCUCUGGAUGUUAUCAAAUCACUGAUUUGGGCCUGAGGGCUCUGUCUCAGCACGGAGGGCUUCCUGUCCUUGAACAUCUCAACUUGUCUGGCUGCCUCUUCAUCACUGAGGUGGGGCUGCAGGAGCUGGUGUCAGCCUGUCCUUCCCUUAAUGAUGAACACUUCUAUUACUGCGACAACAUCAAUGGUCCUCAUGCAGACACAGCCAGCGGCUGCCAGAACCUACAGUGUGGCUUCAGAGCCUGCUGUCGCUCUGGAGAGUGAUCCUGACAAACAACACUCUCCUAAAAUGCCACAACUCCCUUUUAUUGCACUUUAUCCUGGGAAUACUAUUUGCUGUAUUUCGUGUCACUUAAAAAUGUUUCUGGAUGAAACUGUAAUUUUGGUCAUGUUAUUUACAUUUCCAUCAGUGUUAAAUGGAAACAGUCCUUUAGCAAAUGAUGAUAUUAAGGGGUGAUAAAGGAUUUCAAGUCUGCAAAUGUACAUCCUGCUUCAUUUUUUUUUUGUCUUUGAAAAGAUAAAAACUAGAGGAAGUAGUUAUACAAGGUUUCUUUUUUUCACAAAAACAGUUUUAUGUCUGCUUCUCCCUUUCUUUAGUUGACUCAUUUAAAAUCAGCAUAUUGUUAACUAGCAUCAAAGUGUUGUUUCACAAGUUUUGUCAUCUUAUAGAGGGUGAUGUGGAAAAUUAAAUGGGAGUAAACUGAACACUGCCACCCCCCACCCCACCCCCUUUAAUUGGAGGUUACUGUUGAACAGUUGUCAUGUUUUGUUGAUGGAUGAGGGUCACGGCCUUUUGAUUUGAGCUGGCCCAUCCAAACCCAGGUGGGGAUGCAUCAUCACAUGAGCCCCUGUCACGUUUUAAACAGUCAUGUAGUAAACAGGCUGAAUUACCUAUGAUGAUUUUUAGAACCAUACAUGACAAACACAUGCACAUGAAUUUUAUUUAUAUUAUGUUGUUGAUGUCAGUCCAAUUGUUAUAAAGAUUCUAUGAUGAUAUUAAUACUUGGUGAAGAAAAGAUCUUUUCAUAUUAGUCCACAACUACAACAUUGGAAUAGCUAGUCUCCAAAAUUACUGUAGAACUGAUGUGACAAGUGUCAGCAAAAACAACAUUAAACAGUAGGGUUUCUGUUAUUUACUGCUGUUCAGUUUGCAUUGUAUUAAACUGGAUUUCUAGUUUUCAUUUCCCACUCUAUAAUUACAAGUUAAUAAAAUAUAGAAUUUGAGAUUAGAAUUCAAUCUACAUGGUACAGCAGUAAAUGGAGACCUGGA